UCCACUCGCCACCCACAGCCCACAGGCCACAAGCUCCAGGCGGCCAGGCCAUGGCCUUCUCUUCUUCGCUGGCGUUCCCCUUCCCUUCCCCGCCUUCUGGAACCUUCCAAACCCGAUCCGCAGGAAGGCUCCGAACUGGCGCCACCCAGAGAUUCCUGGCGCGCUCCUCGCCCCCGCCUGACGUCGUGGUGACACGCGAGCUGGGAAAGAAUGCCAAGCUCAUCGCCGCGCUGGAAAAACACAAUAUACAGUGUCUGGAACUUCCUCUUAUUAAGCAUGUUGAUGGCCCUGAUACAGAUAGGCUUCCAGAAGUCUUAAGUAAUGACAAGUUUGACUGGAUUACUAUAACCUCUCCUGAGGCAGCUGCAGUGUUCCUUCGGGGAUGGAAGGCUGCUGGAAGUCCUAAGGUGCGAGUAGCGGUUGUUGGAGCAGGAACUGCAAGGGUUUUUGAUGAAGUAUCACAGUCUGAUGAUCAAUCUCUUGAGGUUGCAUUUUCACCUUCGAAAGCUAUGGGUGAAGUCUUAGCCUCAGAGCUACCCAGGGGUAGUGAGAGCACAUGUAAAGUGUUGUAUCCUGCAUCUGCAAAGGCUAGUCGUGAAAUUCAAGAGGGGCUAUCAGACCGAGGAUUUCAUGUGACAAGACUGAAUACAUAUACAACCGUACCUGUUGAAGAUGUCGAACCACUAACUUUAAAGCUUGCUAUUUCAGCUCCUGUUGUUGCAGUAGCUUCUCCCUCCACACUGAAAGCUUGGUUAAAGCUGAUUUCAAAAGUCGAUUGUUGGAAUAACUCCAUAGCUUGCAUCGGUGAGACCACUGGCACUGCAGCGAAGAAAUUGGGUCUGAAGAGUGUAUAUUAUCCAACGACCCCUGGACUUGAAGGGUGGGUUGAAAGCGUUCUUGAGGCGCUCAGAGUCCACAGGCAAUUAAAAGAGGCCCCAAAUGUUGAACACGGGUAGCCCCUUUGUGCCGGAUGACGGAGCUUGUUUACGUCGGUGGCCGGCUGUAGAAUCAGGAAUUCUUUGCUUCUUUGACCUUAAUCACGCCUGGCGUUGUUUUAUCAGCGUGUCCUGCAUCGUCGCUUUCGCGUGACAAGUGCUGAGUCACAGUACCGUGAGUCGUGGACGGUGUGGUGCAGAUUUCCUGGGCCGAAUGGGCCUCAAAAUGGCUCAGCUCGCUAACGCUCGAUGCAUGGGCGGGCUUUCGUUACUAGCUCAGUAGCUUGUUUCCCGGGCCGAAAGGCCCAUUUAUGUACUUGCGAUUUCUUUUUCCUGAGGACGAGUGAGUACUUCGUUUACACCAUUGUAAAGUUGUAAUUGCAUUUUUUUUAUUUCAAAAAAAUUGUAAUCGCAUCGGUCCUUUUCAUUGAGGUUUGA